AUGCCGCCAAAAGACGACCCGGAGGUAGCGGCCUUGAAGAAGGAGAUCAAUGAUAUGAUUGCCAAAUUUCAGGAGGAACAGAAAAAGGUGGCAGAUUGUACACUGUUCGAGAAGUGCGGCGAUCUUGGCGACGUUCCAAAGGUGCGCAUCUCGACGAAAAAGUUUCUCAAGGGUCACAUCAACAAGGUAAACUCGGUACAUUAUGCCGGCGAUUCACGACACUGCGUUACUGGUUCGCUGGACGGUAAGCUGAUCAUCUGGGACACUUGGACGGGCAACAAGGUGCAGGUGAUUCCGUUGCGCUCGGCAUGGGUCAUGAGUGUGGCGUAUGCCGACUCGGGUAACUUCGUAGCUUGUGGCGGCAUGGACAACAUGUGCACCGUGUACGAUCUCAACAAUCGCGACGCGCAGGGUAAUGCGAAGAUCGUGCGAGAAUUGAUGGGUUACGAAGGUUUCCUGAGCUCUUGCCGCUUUCUGGACGAUACACACAUCCUGACCGGAUCGGGCGAUAUGAAAAUCUGCAUCUGGGAUCUUCAAGUGGGUAAGAAAACGUCCGAGUUUGAUGCCCAUGCCGGUGAUGUCGUCUCGAUCUCAAUGAGCCCGGACAAGAACACGUACGUCACCGGUUCGGUCGAUCGCACGUGCAAGCUGUGGGACGUGAGAGAAAACACACCGAAGCAGACCUUCUUCGGCCACGACGCGGAUGUGAACAGCGUAUGCUAUCAUCCGAGUGGAUUUGGGUUCGCUACUGGGUCGGAGGAUAAGACAGCACGCUUGUUCGACUUCCGCUCCGAUCAGCAGAUUGGCCAUUACGAACCACCAAACAAGAACAGUGGAUUCACAUCCUGUGCUUUGUCCCUGAGUGGCCGUUAUGUUCUGUGCGGAUCUGACGAUAACAAUAUUCACAUCUGGGACAGCAUGAAGGGACAACACAACGGUACACUGAGUGGUCACGAAAAUCGUAUCACAUCGAUCAGCAUGGCGCCAAACGGUAUGGCAUUGGCAUCCUGCAGCUGGGAUCAACAUGUUCGUAUCUGGGUCUAA